AUGACUUACCUUGCAAGAUUCGGUCCGAUUUUCAUAGUUGUGUUGGGUCAGGUGAUCUGUGGAUGUCCAAACGGCUGGGAAACCUAUAAUAGUUCCUGCUAUUUUGUGUCCGAUGACAGGAAAAACUGGACUGCAGCAUCGGACGCAUGUUCAUCGUUCCACGCCCACCUCGCUGAAGUUGAAGAUGCACAAGAGGACAAUUUCUUGAGGCAAAUGCUUAUACAACUUCAUACUGACCAUCGUGACUUUUGGCUCGGCGGGAAUGACAUAUUUGUGGAAGGAGACUGGAGAUGGUAUGAAAGUGGUCAGUACCUGGAUUACACUAACUGGAACCCGGGCGAGCCAAACAAUCACCACUCCUCUGGCGAGGACUGUUUAGAAGGAUAUCUCACUUAUUCUCAUUCGACUUUCCGAUGGAGAGAUCGACCAUGCAUGAUCAGAAUUUUUUAUAUUUGUGAGAUAAAGGAGAACAGUUCUAUAAUACAGUUCACUAACUACAGAGAUAAUGAAGAUCGUGGCAAUGUCUUUGGUACUGAAGGCAAUGAGGCGGUCCGAGGAUGUCCGAACGGCUGGGAAUCAUUUGAAGGCUCCUGCUACUUUGUGCCCAACAUGUCGGAAGACUGGUCCGCGGCAUUGAGCACAUGUAAAUUGUACCAUGCUCAUCUAGCUGAGAUUGAAGAUGCGUACGAGAACAAUUUUCUGAAACAGUUGGUCAACAAGUAUCAUGAUGCACAUUCGCACGGUAGGAUGUUUUGGUUGGGAGGAUCAGACUCGUUUGUGGAGGGAGAUUGGCGAUGGUUGGAAAAUGAUGAGCGUUUCGGUUACACAAACUGGAACCCAGAUGAACCAGACGAUAAUCAUGAGGAGAAUUGUAUAGCAGCAGUCCUCAGCAGCUCGCACUUAUAUUGGCGUGAUCUGAAGUGUAACGACAGAAACAACUUCAUUUGUGAGAUUGGGUAUGUUUGUAUUCGUUAA